GCAGCAGGGGAGAAGGCAACAUGAGAAUAUAGCCAUCGCACAUCAUACCACAUCAUACACAUAGCUAGUAAACACUACCAGAAACAUCAUCACCAUCAUCAUUACUACUUUUAUUAUUUUAUUCUCACUAUUUAAUAGAAAAGUUUAAAACUCCAGUUUUGAAAUUCAGAACUCUGUUCCCAUGAUGUUAUACCUGUGGAUUCUCCUGCUGGGCAGUUUGGUGAUUGGAGCCAAGACACAAGAAGACCCUGCUGCUGAGCCAGAAACAAAGGAAGCAGAGGCAGAAGCAGCAGAGCCUGAGGCAGAAGCAGAGGAAGUAGCCGCAGAGGAGGCCCCAGCAGCUGAGGAGGGCCCGACAGGAGAAGUGGAGGAGGCUGCAAGUUCUGAGGUUGCUCUGACUACAGACCAAGAGGCUGCAGCUGCAGAAGAGGAGGCUCCGACUACAGACCAAGAGGCUGCAGCUGCAGAAGAGGAGGCUCCGGCUACAAAGGAUGAGGCUGCAACUGCAGAAGGAGAGGCUUCGACAGAGGACACGGAAGUAGUAGAAGAACCAGCAGUGGAAGUAGAGGUGGCCCCUGAAGCUGAGCCAGAACCAGGGGAGGUGGCAGAACCAGAAGCAGAGGAACCUGCUGUAGAAGAGGAAGCUGCAGAGUCUGAAGCGGCGCCUGCACCAGAAGACGGAGGUGAACUAGAUCUGUCUGAAGCUGUUGAACCAGAAGCUGAGCCUGAAGCACAAGAGGAGAGCGAGCCCACAAAGGAGACACCCAUGGGAGGGAAGAGCCGCCGAGGGGGCUCAGUUGGCACAGCGGAAGCUCAAGGGGCUAGCUCUGGCUCGGUUGUGAGCAUUCUGUGUGCUAUCGGCGUGGCGAUCGUUGGAGCUGCCACCGGAUACUUCGCCUAUCAGAAGAAGAAGCUCUGUUUCAAGAACAGUGGAGGGGAUGUAGUAAGUAGCCCUAAGGAGAAGGCUGAGACCCAGUCAGAUCCCCAGGUUCUCAGCAAUUUGCUGACUAAUUCAUCCUAGAUCAUCUGAGAUUCUACUG